UCAUUUGGAGUUGGCAUCGCACUCAAACUGCUUAGUCUGCUAGGGUUCCGUUCGAUUUGGACCUUCGGAUUGAAAGGGGAGGAAGGGCAGGGGUUGAAGAUCACAAGAGACCAGAACGAGGCGGGAAAGGCCCAAAGAUAGCAACUCUUCUUUCCCAUUUUCACCAUCUCCAUCGCCGUCUCCUCCGUGAGCUACACCCAAGCCUCUCCCUCGAGAUCGCCAUGGGGAUAAAGGGUUUGACGAAGCUCCUUGCGGACCACGCUCCCAAAGCUAUGAAGGAACAGAAGUUUGAGAGUUAUUUCGGCCGGAAGAUUGCAAUUGACGCUAGCAUGAGCGUGUACCAGUUCCUUAUUGUUGUCGGAAGAACUGGCAUGAACACUCUCACUAACCAGACUGGUGAAGUUACACGUCAUUUGCAAGGGAUGUUCAAUCGAACUAUCAGAUUAUUAGAAGCAGGUAUCGAGCCAGUAUAUGUAUUUGACGGUCAACCUCCAGAGCUGAAGAAACAAGAAUUUGCCAAAAGAUAUUCAAAGAGGGAAGAUGCAACUAACGAUCUGAACACAGCAAUUGAGAUUAGUGAUCUGGAGGGAAUUGAAAAGCACAGCAAAAGGACUGUCAAGGUAACCAAGCAACAUCAUGAAGAUUGUAAACGUCUCUUAAGACUGAUGGGUGUGCCUACUAUUGAGGCACCGUGUGAAGCAGAAGCUCAAUGCACAGCUCUUUGCAAAAGUGACAAGGUGUUUGCGGUUGCCUCAGAAGACAUGGAUACUUUAACUUUUGGGGCACCGAGGUUUCUCCGUUAUUUAAUGGAUCCUAGUUCCAGAAAAAUCCCUGUGAUGGAAUUUGAAGUUUCAAAGGUUCUUGAAGAGCUAAGACUCACUAUGGAUCAGUUCAUUGAUUUGUGUAUUCUCUCUGGAUGUGAUUAUUGUGAUAGCAUUAAAGGCAUUGGAGGACAAACUGCUUUGAAGCUCAUCCGUCAGCAUAGUUGCAUAGAGCAUAUCUUGGAGAACAUAAACAAAGAAAGAUAUAAAAUUCCUGAAGAGUGGCCGUAUCAAGAAACUCGACGUUUGUUCAAAGAACCAAAUGUGACCAUGGACGUUCCAGAACUAAAGUGGAUAGCUCCAGAUGAGGAGGGUCUUCUGAGCUUUCUGGUGAAUGAAAAUGGAUUCAACAGUGAUCGAGUUGCUAAGCUCCUAAAAUUUUCUAGGCAAUAGAAAAAAUUAAAUCGGCCAAGAACAAAUCUUCCCAGGGCCGGUAGGAUCUUUUGCUAUCUUGUCUGAACUGUGUUGCUUAUGAUCAAUGUAAUCAUUUUGCUCUUUCAUAUGAUUAGAAUGAAAAUUUUGCUUGUAUUGGUCAUCUAUGAUCUUUUCUAUGAUAGGUGGUCAAGAUAUACAUAGAGAGAGAGAGGAUACUUGUGGCUAGAUAAUAUUUGUUUAGUGUCAUUUUAUUAUUAUUUUUUGUUGCCUUGUAUUGUAACCAUUCUAAAGUUUAACCAAGAUGAAACAUUUUAAGAGUUAAA